UUUCGCUUUCUCUCCCUCGUUUUCAAAUGGUGUGAUGAAGACAGCACCUUCUGCAAAUACCGUCUGUAGGGUAUCAGAGCUGCAGUUAUGUCAUCCAGGAAAGUUACUGCUUGUCCUCCGUACCAUUCCUGUCACAGUGAAUCUCCAAGGUCGUGUCAGAGAAGUCCGAAGACUGCAGUGGAGCUACCCCACACAUCGGGGCACAGCAAGAGGAAUGCAGGGAGAAGGGAGCAGAGCUGGGCUACAGUGAGUUCCACUUCCCAGGUCCCAACCACCAGACCGGGCUCCGGCCCCAGGAGUGUUUCUGUGAACCGGCACUGCACGCCGGCACCGCCGGCACAGACACAGCUCAGGAGGACGGGAACAACACAGGAAAGAAAACCAGAAAGAGGUGAAAGUCUGCAUUCUUUUGAAAAUGCAAAUCGUUUAACAGAUUACGGUAACCACAAACAAAACAUUGUUGAUGCAGAAAAACAACAAAAGCCAUUCAGAAGUUCUCAUAACAAUGAAACAUUUGUGACACUCGUCAAUACAAAGAAUAACUGCUGUGUAAAUGCCCUUCUGCAGACCUUGUUUAUAAUUCCAGAAUAUAGCAACCUACUGUUGAAUGGCCAACGGAAAGACCUUCUGAUAAAAAACAAGAACCACAUUCUGUAUCACCUUGGCAAAGUUUUCCAGCAUCUACAAAACAAAACCGAGAGAACUGUAUCACCUGAUAAAUUUAUUAAGUUCUUGAGGUCAAACCAUAUUAAUGUGGGGAGUCAGAUGGAUGCUGAGGAACUCUUCCGUUCACUCUGUAAUCUACUAGAGGAUCAACUGAAGAAGACACCAUGUAGCAAUUUUGUUAAUGAAUUGCAUGUGCUAACCACUGAGGAAUAUGGAAUAUGUUUAAAAUGCCAAAAUGAAUUCCAGCAGAUUGGACACAUGCUCACUAUUCCUCUUUCGCUUUGCGAACCUUCAUCGGGGAGACAUUAUAAGAAUGUAAUGAAUUCCCUGAAUGGCUUCUUUGAAUUGCAAAAUUUAGAUGAUGAAAACAAAUGCUAUUGUGACCAAUGUGGAGAAAAGACAGCAACUCAACAUGGCUACAGAGUGCGUUCUUGGCCAGAAAUACUAUGCCUACAGCUAAAACGCUUUGACUUUGUUGCAAGUUUGAGGAAAAAGUUCAUAAAUACUUCUAUGGAAUUUACAGAAAGCAUCAGCUUAAACAAUUGUGAAAAAGAACUUCACAACCUCAAGAACAUCCCACAAUACAAACUCAUAUCUGUGAUUGUGCAUGAGGACCUCAUAUCAUUUGGCCAUUAUUAUGUUUAUAUAAAGGACAUUGAAAAAAGAAAAUGGCACUGUUUCAACGAUGAACAUGUUACGGAAAAAUGGAGAAGCUUAUCUUCUUUUUUACAAGAGGAUGGAUCAAUCACUUCAGUAAUACAGAACUUGCUGUCUUCCAGCCUGGGAUCAAUACCCUUCUUCGUUCUUUGAGAUAUUAUCUACACAUAUUCCAAGCCAAAAUUACUUUAUCAUUUUGGCAUAGAUUUUCAAUAAAAUGUACUACCUGCUUGCAGAUAUUAAUAUUUCCUAAUUAAAUUAUGACAUAACUGGAAAGAAGAAUAAAAUACUUCAUACUAAGUCUGAAUGCUAUAUAAAUUCGCAACAUUUUUCAAUUUUGAAACAUUGGUUUAUUAAAAAAAGUCUUGGAUUACCAAGAAGAUGGGAAAUGCUUGUGAAACCAUGAAAAGCAAACUGAUUCUCAAAUCCUUUUCCAAAUAUAUAUUGUGAUUUCAACACACUCUGAAAAAUGUCAAACAAAUACAAAAUUUGCAAGAUUUUUACUUGCAUUUUAUAAUGAAAUAUUCUGUAUUGAUGAAAG